UAGAUUCCAGAGAAGGAACUCACCACAGAGCCGAGCGCGUCCAAACCAUGUCCGAAACCGAGAACGCCCUGGAGGUGGUCAAAUCCACAUUUGAAGCCGCACAGGCCGCGACGGCAUUGCUUGAAUCUGCGGAGAAGUUGUCAUCCGUACUCGGGGCGUUGGGCCCUUUCGUUGGGGUGGCCGCAGCCAUUCUUAAACUAGCCCUGGGUAAUGUGGAUAGUCCGGAGAUGGCCUUCAUGAAGGAGCAGUUUGCAGCCAUAAGGAACCAGCUCGAUAUCAUUUCUGACAAGAUAGCGGAAGUCAUUCAGGAGAUCGAGAACAGCACGAUGAACAACCAGUAUUUUGCCGUUGAGGAAAACAUCAAGAACCAGUUCAGGAAGUACAUGGACAUCCUUGAGGCAGCGCCAGAGUUCCGUGAGAAAGAAAAGGAAGAGUUCCUCAGCCACUUCAACGCGAGCAAGAGCGACCAGAACCUCCACACUCUCUAUGACGGUGUGAUGGGUUCAACUGGCAUCUUUGCCAAAUCGAUCCUGGACACCGCCAUGAGCCACAGCCGGAGGGACCGGCGCCUGAUGGAGAGUCUCUGCGCCCGUCUGAAGGAGCUCUUCUGUAUCGGCCUAAUCGCCCUGAUGGGUCACGCAGAUCUCACCGGGAACGACGUAAAGGCGCUGGGGGCGGAAUGGAACGAGAAAAUGGCCAACGUCGAGCGUGAAAUGAAAUCGAUGGUAGAUCGCUGCAUCACGGAGUUUGCAGAGCAGGCCGAGAUGGACGUAAGCAAGUUUUUGAAGGAAAAGAAUGGGAAGGAUAACAAAGAGUUUUCAUCCUAUGUAUUGAAGGAGUUGGAAAAUAAAUAUGAUUGGAUGUCUUGGUCAGUGCGGGUCUAUAACGAUAUCGGUGGGUUUGACAAUCACUGUGUUUCUGGUCCUAACCGCUUUCACUUUUUCAGGGAAAAUGGUUGUAAUAUUGUUGUCUCCUACUCCCGCGACCCACAGCCAAUUGACAAGACCCACAUCGAGCAAUUAAUGGAUGGAAAGAACGACUGGGGUGAUGCAAGAGAUGUGGCAACGUUUAUCUCCGACCACCUCACUGGUCCACAUGUUGUCCACGCAGUCAGACGUUUGAAAGGUCUGUGGGGCUCCUGGAGCUUCCCUAGUGGAACCCAUUUCUGGGAGAACUACAGUGGCGUCACCCUGUGCGUUCACCGAGCAUAAAUUUCAUUCCUUUGGUACUCCCCGUAUAAUCCCACUCUUUGCUGGGACGCUGCAUGCAAUUCCCCUACUGUUCUUGAGACACACCCCAACCUCACCAAUACUCGCCGGUAUCUCUUCCCAUCGCCCCCUAGAUCCCGACUGACGUGCCCAGGUCAGCCCUGCCUCUACUCCUGGAGCUGCUUCCCUCCUGAUAAAUGCUGCCUCCCUCCACCCUCCUGCCCGCUGGACAUUCAACAAUGCUUGCCAAAUGUCACUCGGAAAGGUAUGUGUUGUCUUCAGCACUGCUACCCCAAAACACCGCUCUGUCCUUAGCAGGAGCCCAAGAGCUGUUUGGGUCCGAGGCUGCUUUCAAGGCGAGCGAGCGCAGCCACCCUCUCUUGUCCUUGAGGAAGGCAGCGAGGCUCCAGUGCCAAAUACAGUCCUAGGCCAGGGUUCCCCCAAAACCCACACAACUGUCCCCUAUAGGUAGUCAGGGCACUGUGAGCACAGUCUGAGCCAAUGAUGACAGGGUCUGGAGACAGGCCGGCAUGUGUCUGCCAAAGCAGUCUCGUGAUGGUCUGAUCAGGGUCCUGUCAGACUUCUCUCCACUAUUUCUCUUCCUAUAACGCAUCUUCACCAUCCUGAGGAUUUUCCCGGCUUAAAGAGGUAGGGAUACCACAGACCAACAAUGGAUCAGCUGAAACACCAGGCUGAAAGUCUGUCAGGUCAGGGGUCAUCCUUCCCCACAA